AUUGUACUGAUGCAUAAUCAGUGCAGUGUAACUCUCAAAUGUGACAUAAGGUAAUUCGUCCAAUAUUUGGCACUAAGCCCUAAGGAUUAAAGCCAUCAAAUGGUUAAUACAUUGGGCCAUUCUUUACAGGUGUAGGCUUGGUUGCCAUUGUGGGUUCAAGGACAACACUCAAAACAUAUUUGGUAAAGGCAUGGUUACAGCGGAUGUAUGGCGGGAGGGGGGUUAAUUCAUCUAAUAUUCCUGUGCUAAACUGCUCAUAUUACCUUUAUGCACGGUGAUCGUAUUACCAGGAACGAUAUUUUUUUAAAUGUGGCACUGCUAGUUUAAGUGACAAGUUGAAUCAACCACGCAUUGCAAGCCAAAGGUAUAUUCAUGGCAUAUACUAGCUUUGUAUCGAGCGUUAAUUUGUCAAUACAGUUAGCGUAAGUUCUUUGUUCUGCAAAUUAAAUAUACGAGUUAAGAAAAAAUAAAAUUCGCAUUUAAUGAACACGCUACAAUCCAUAUUUCUGAGAGGAAAAAGAAGCCUCGAUCUACCGCAAAAGGGAAACACUUCAUCCAAGCCGCCAUAGUUGUGUGUAGUCGUAUAUUAUAUUGUCGAGAACGAAGCACGAUGUGGUCCAGUGUUCAUAUAAUGAAGUCAUGUCUCAGCAGCUGGAACAUUAAUGAUACAAAAGUCAGAUGCAUAUAGCCGCUUUAACCGGAUUGUUACACAGAUGUUUGUGUUCUGUGUUACAUAGGUCAACUGUCACAUGAUGUGGUAGUACGCAUGGAGUGGCGUUUUAUAUGACGAAUUAAGAUGCAUAUGAAUUACUGGUUUGGAACUACUGUUGGUGAUUUGCUGUUCGAGGGAUUCACCAUUACCUCACCAUCAGCUGUUGUAAUGACAUGCUUUGGAUUAGCAUCUCUUUCAAUACUGUCUGAAGCUAUCAAGGUGUACCAAGCAUAUAUUAAACACAGUACUGAGCUGGGAGAUGAUCAUUGUCGCUCUGACAGAUGUACAAAUGAGAGAUCUUUGCUCCUGGGUAAUGAUAGGAGCAGUAAUGUAUCAUAUUCACACCACAAGCUGCUUCCUCUCUUGCGGGAGACUGGAUGGUAUAUAGUACAGGAUGUGCUGUCUUACAUUCUUAUGUUGUGUGUUAUGACAUACAAUGGGUAUUUCACAAUAGCAGUGUCUGUUGGUGCUGGAGUUGGCUAUUUGGUGUUUGGUCCAGUCUUGCUUGAAAUUGGUGUAAAAAGUGGUGGGUUACGCCGGCCAAAAAGAUUGUGCACAGCAUGUAUAGAAGUGUUGCAAAAUGAAGAAGAUACGCGACAAGAUGAUGUCACAUUACCCACUGUUGCACAGCAAGAUUCAUUAGUACACCAAAGUGAUCAGGGUCACUGUCAGGAAUCUGUUGCCGUGGUACAUAGAGCUGACAACUAAGGCCGAGCUGUCUACAUUUUCUACCAAGUCAUGUUAGCAAUUUAUGUUACAAAGUACUAAGAAUAGGUAAUGAAUAUAUUAUCUAAUUUUAUAAAUAAAAAGUUUGACAUGCAGGCUGCUGUCUUACCUACCAUGGUAUUUGUGACUCAGCAAUAAGAGACAUUUUAGAUUAGGGAGAGCAGAGAUUGGCUUUUUAAGAAUGAUACACAAAACUUUAUACAGUAUAUUAGGUUUUUAGUGAAUAGAUGGCUGUAGUUUACAUAACCAAUAUAGCUCUUAUAAAGAGAAACAAGUUAUGAAAUGUGAACAUAGCAUAGCGAUUCUGGUGCAUUUACCAGAAUUUUGCCUAUACAAAUGGCAGAAUGUAUGGGGCCAGUGAUGUUUUUAUGGGUCGCCCCACCCAUGGGUAAUGACAUCAUCACAGAUCUUUUAAAUGCCACACAGAAAAUAAGAAAGAUACUUCUCCAGUAUAGCUUAGGAUAUUAUUAUAUUACCCUCAUCAAACUGCUGUAGUUAAUCUGCAUAUCCAAUAAUUUGCUGUUGUUGGCUGAUAAUCAUGUGUGCUGUAAUAAAAUAAAGCAAAAUAAAGCUGUGUGCACUCAGUU